AUGGCUGAAGGAGGUGACCUUACAUCUGUCAAAGACGGGUCGGAUGCUGACUUUGAAUUAGUCUGUACGCCCUGUGGGGAAGAUGAUAUCAGAGAAGAAGCUGUCAAAUUCUGUGUAGAAUGCAACCAGUAUCUUUGUACAACAUGUGCUAGAUGUCAUAGAAGAAUUGCGGCUUCGAAAUCUCACAAGUUGCUGGAUAGGGAAGACGCCAAGAAUACGUCUAUGGUUGCCAUGACAGCAAAAUGUCGAUACCAUCCAGAUCGAGACAUCGAGAUGUUCUGUGGAACACAUGACAUGGUCUAUUGUACAAAAUGUGUAGCCACAGAGCACAGGUUGGAAUUCCACCAGCCUUCACAGAAGUUACCGCUGCCAAUUUCGUUGGAAUUGGCUUGUGAGAAUGUUAAGAGCAUAGACGAUAUGCCGACAUCUCUUAUCCAACAGAAUGACAUACAGCGUUUACAGUUUGAAACUAAAGCUGUUCACGACCAGUUAGUAGCUGCAAAGAAGAAGAAGCAGAAAAACGUCGCUUCUCUUGAAGUACAGAGAAGCGGUAUUCUUCACAAUAUUCAGGAUAUAGAGAACACUAUUGGAGAAUAUAUCGGGAAAUUGAAAAGAGAAGCAGUCGAGAAUUUGAACAAGACGUGUUUAGAAGCAAAUGGCAAACUGGAAUCUGAAAUCAACUUGAUGGCUAAUACAAUAACAGAAGUCGACAAAUCGAAAAGUAUAUUGCAAACUGUAAAUAGAGUGGAUGCUGGACAACGGUUUGUUCAAAUAAAACUGAUAGAAAGGAGUGUGAAAGAUGCAAAGAAAUUGUUUGAAGAAAGUCAGUCAGAGGGAACUAGAAUUGCUCGUUUUACAGAAAAUGCAAACCUGAGAAGCAUUUUAACGACUGUCGCUGAAUUAGGACGUGUGGAGACGUUGAGUGAAAACCUAACGCAGAUUACACCAAGGCAAUACAAGGUAAAAGCGAAGAAAGGGCAUAAUGUCAGAAUGCAGAAUGACAGUCAGAAAUGUUAUAUAACUGAUCUGUGUCUGCUUCAGGAUGGUACCGUCGUUCUGGCUGACUACAUUAACACGAAAAUAAAGAGGCUUGAUACAAAUUUUAGUAUAAAGGACGCGUGUAUUCUAACUUCCAGUCCUACGGCCAUCUGCUGUACUGCUAAGGAUGAAAUUGCAGUAAAAUUGGCUAACGACACAGUUCAGUUUAUAUCAGUUGGUCGGGCAUUGUCUGUUUUGAGAAAUAUAUCUAUAGCAGGGGGUAGUUAUUUGGGAAUGGAGUAUUUUGCUGGGGAGCUUUGGGUAUCUAAUGCAAGUAGUGUCAACGUGUACAAUACAUCAGGAACACUACUGAAGUCUAUCAACAAAAACAUGAAUGGACAGAGUAUAUUUAAAUCUUCUCCUCAACGUGUGGUUGUCAGUGGAGAGACUGUUAUUGUAACAGAUGGAAGUGAUGGAACCGUCUGUUUAGGAAGAGAUGGUGAAGUGAGGCGUGAACUGCGGGACGCAAGACUGAAAUACUGCAUAGGUGUAUCUGUAUCAGAUGAUGGCACCGUCUUCCUGUCUGGAACUAGCUCCCACAAUAUCGUGAUUUUUAGUGGUGAAGGGAUAUGUCAAGGAGAACUACUAACGACAGAAAUGGAUCUUACUCAUGUUUCCUCUCUCUGUUAUGUUAACAAAAGAAAUUGUUUAAUGCUAGCACGUAACAUUUAUGAGCAUGACAGUAUCAACAUUCUUGAAAUGCACGAUUAA